AAACAAGUACAGUUCAGUUCCAUGGUAGCAGGUCAAAGCAGUUCUGCCUACCUUUAGAGAGUUAUUUAACCGUAUUCUGUGAUUUUGAUUUACAAAGUAUACAAAAAUGGCCAAAUUAAUAACAGCGCCACCAAGGUUCACAAGAGAAGAAUGGGUUGUAGCAAACCAUUCAAAGUACAAUAAUGCUGAGAAACAGAGGGCAAGUGCGGAAAGACUCAAGGCAGAAAGUGACAGACUUAUUGAUGAAACCGAGAAACAUACUAAGAAAACACAAAGAGAUGUAAACAAGAAAUUUGAGCAAAGAAUAGAUGACAUCAACUUCUGGAAAGAGGAGCUGGAUCAUAAAUUAGAUGACAAUAAGAAAGAGAAUGACACAUUGUUAGCCUAUAAGACCAGAUUAGAAAAUGCACUGGAUGCAUGUCGGGAACCACUAGCCAUUGCACAACAAUGUCUUGUGAAUAGAGAGGGUCGUAAAGCCAUUGAUCUGGUGCAUGAUGAUGUUCAGAAGAAUCUAAUGAAAGAAGUGGAAACUAUCCAGGGUGUGAUGGCGUUACUUCAGAAAACACUUGACCAGACAGUAGAACAGAUCAGGAGGAGUAAAUCUGCCAAGUUCUACUUGGAGAAAGAUUUAAAAGACAAAUUCUUGGCUAAAGACAUUGAUGAUGCAUGCCAUGAUCUCAGAGAUAACACACCUGGUAUUAAAUACAAUGAAGGUGCUGCCAAGAUUGAGGCCAACUCUGUUACGCCGGAUGAUUGGCAAGAGUUCUCAAACAAAAACAUAGAAAAGGCAGAGCGUGAGAAGAAUGCCAGCAUCAGCUUGCGUAGUAUGAUUGAUGCAAUCUUGGAACAGACUGCUGACGAUAUGCAGCGACAGGUUGAUGAGACUGACUUGGCAUUUGAUAAGAGAAUCACAGAGACUAAAGCCACCAAGGAAAAAUUGGAAGAUCAUUUGUCAAAGGUUCAAGGUGAAAUUCUGGAAAUGGAGAAAAACAUUGAUAAACUGCAGAAUGCCAUUGACGACAAAGAAGGUCCAAUGAAACUCUCCCAGACACGUCUAAAGGAGCGUACGAACCGACCAAAUGUUGAAUUGUGUCGUGAUCCUGUGCAAUAUCGACUCAUCAAGGAAGUUGGAGAAAUCACCUCUCACAUUGAUCGUCUGUCACUGACCCAUGCCCAAGCCGAAAGUGAACUCAAAGGGCUCAUCCGUAACCAGCUGACCAUUGAAGAAGACAUAGAUAUCAAGGCCAACACUGUUCAGAUAGACGAUGUUGAAUGCAUGGGGCUUCGUAAGAGCAUCAAAAUUAAGAAGUUUUAAAUUAAUAGAACCCUUAAAGACUCAUGAAUGAACGUAAAACAUUGCAUAUUAAAAAAAAAAUGGUCAGCUGAUAAAGUUAAUGUAUUUAUGUUGCUGGUAUCUUUGUAACAAUACUUUCCUUGCAAAAUAAAUAAAUACAAAUGUCAUUCAAUACUGUCAUUGUUGAUGCAGAGUCUUUUGUGGAGAAUAUUUAGCUACCAUCUGUACAGGUUUCAUUGUUAUUCUAAAUUGAGAAUUUUAUCAACUCUUUCUGUAGUUUGUAUAUACAGCAGUCUUUUAAGUAUCCGAGUAGCUAUAGUCAGUGCGUUGCAAAAAACGACAAUUAUUCUAAGAGUAUUGUGUCUUUAAUUAAAUUGUAUUAUUUUAAUAAAGUUUGAAAUGAAACU